UACAAAGUUCACUCCACCAAUUAUAACUAAACGGACCGCGAUGGCUCUGAAAUUCGGGGACCUCGACGGGAAGACCUCCAGCUACACCAUGAAGGGCGAGUUUGAGGCGGCGCCCUACGAUGCCUCCGGCGUAGGAGAAUUAUCCAUCAGUGGACUGGGCUUCUCCCUAGACUUCAAGACAGCCAGUUACUCAAUCUCUCCCGUGUCUGUCUGCAUCCAGCCUGGGUCUCUCUCAGUGAAGAUCUCUGCCGAUAAAAUUUUGGCCAACUUCGAAGGCGCUGACGAGAUCAACAAGGACAUCAACGAAAACGCCGACGCCCUUCUGGAACAGAUCGAAGCCCAGAUCAACGCCCUGGCGCCCACGAUCGAAGCUACCAUCAACGCCGUUUUGUGCAAGAAAGCUUAGUUUAGAGAGGGUGAUGAGGUGACCCUAAGCUUUCUAUCUAUAAGUUCGUUUAGUUAAUGUUCUACCCAACCCCCCUUUUUUUAGAACGAGGAAAAGAAGUCAAGUUGAAAUGUCAUUGGUUUUAAUUGGCUGAUACUUUUUUCCCAAGCAUUUAUCUCUGUAUUUUGUUUUCCAAU